AUGACACCGCCGUCACCUCCGCCGUCAAACAUCGGCCUCUGGUCCAUCCGAUCCGAAUGCAAUUGUAUAAUCAAGACCAACUCCCGCAACCUCCAAGCUACCAUAUUCAUCUUUCUCUUCCCCAUCUCUCUCUCCUUACUCUUCUACCAAGUCUUCCCCAUUAAAACCCUUCUCUUCAAUCUCCUUUACACCCUCACCAUUCCCGUACUCUCUCUCUUCGCCACCGGUUCCACCAUUUACAGCGUUUUCCACGGCUUUCACGGUCAACCAGUCAAGUAUUCAUCCUCCAUCAAAGCAGCUUUCACUUCCUUCUUCCCUCUCCUCUCAACUUGGCUUGUAACCCAGCUUAUCAUUUCCGGGAUCGCUUUAAUUCUUGGUCUGGCCUUUUUCUCAUUAUUCAAAGCAACCCAACUUGUAGGCUUCCAAGUUGAUCACUCUUCAUCUUAUUUCAUUCUCCUUUGCCUUGCUUACGCGAUCACUCUCAUGUUUCUUGUCAUUCAUUUACAAGUGGAGUGGAUAUUCGCUUAUGUUAUCGUCGUGGUUGAAUCAAGCUGGGGACUUGAACCACUGAAACGAAGUCAAGCCUUGGUUAAAGGAACGAAAGUGGUUGCUUUUAAGAUUCUACUGCUGUGGGUCUUCUUCUGUUGGAUUGGUGCCUGGAGCUCAAUGUUAUUAGGGUUGGUUGAUUCAGCCGGUGAUAAAUGGAAACCUUGGCCAUCAUCUUUUAUUAAGAUUUUCACCAUUCCCGCUGCCUCCUACUACCCGUUCUAUAUGUUUUAUUACUUGGUUAUGAAUACAGUUUUCUAUAUGAAUUCCAAGGCUCUGCAUGGAAAAUUUGCAGGAGAAUACGUAAGUUUGGCAUCUGAUCAUCAUGAUGAUGAUGAUGGGACAGUACCUAUUGUUGUUUCAAACGUUUAA